AUGUUCCCCAGCCCAGCGCUCACACCCACGCCCUUCUCAGUCAAAGACAUCCUGAACCUGGAGCAGCAGCAGCGCAGCCUGGCCGCUGGGGACCUGUCUGCGCGCCUCGAGGCCACCCUGGCGCCCGCCUCCUGUAUGCUGGCCGCCUUCAAGCCGGAGGCCUACUCCGGGCCCGAGACCGCAGCGCCCAGUCUGGCAGAGCUGCGCGCGGAGCUGGGCCCCGCGCCUUCGCCCCCCAAGUGCGCUCCUGCCUUCCCAGCCGCCCCCGCCUUUUAUCCUCGUGCCUAUGGCGACCCAGAUCCGACCAAGGACCCACGAGCUGAUAAGAAAGAGCUGUGCGCGCUGCAGAAGGCGGUGGAGCUGGACAAGGCCGAGACGGAAGGCGCCGAGCGACCACGCGCGAGGCGGCGGCGAAAACCACGCGUGCUCUUCUCGCAGGCGCAGGUCUACGAGCUGGAGCGGCGCUUCAAGCAACAGCGGUACCUGUCCGCUCCCGAGCGCGACCAGCUCGCCAGCGUGCUGAAGCUCACGUCCACGCAGGUCAAGAUCUGGUUCCAGAACCGGCGCUAUAAGUGCAAGCGGCAGCGGCAGGACCAGACUUUGGAGUUGCUGGGACCGCCGCCGCCGCCCGCGCGCAGGAUCGCGGUGCCGGUGCUGGUGCGCGACGGGAAGCCCUGCCUCGGGGACUCAGCGGCCUACGCGCCCGCCUACGGCGUGGGUCUCAACGCCUACGGCUACAACGCCUACCCCUACCCCAGCUACGGAGGCGCGGCCUGCAGCCCCGGGUACAGCUGCGCCGCCUACCCCGCCGCGCCCCCCGCCGCGCAGCCCGCCCCCACCGCCAACGGCAACUUCGUGAACUUCGGCGUCGGGGACUUGAACGCCGUGCAGAGUUCCGGGAUGUCGCAGGGCAAUUCGGGCGUGUCCACGCUGCACGGCAUUCGAGCCUGGUAG